UCAUUCUCUCAACAUGCAUGCAGUUAUUUAAUACUAAACUUCAUUUACUCUUGCUCCUAUUAGUUUUCGUGAGGCUAAACUAUCGAAUAGAAGAUGGGUGUAUUCCCUGGGUUUGGUAGCUGGAUCAAUCAGAACAGUCAACAGCCUCUUAAGGCCGAGUCCAAGAGUUCUAAAAAUAUGGACUCAGAGAAAGACGAUUUUGAAUAUCCUGAUAAGGUCUAUUAUGAUUUAAAUGACGCGCUGAAACAAUCAAAUCUUUGGCAUGAAGCAGAAAAGAAACAUCCAUGGCAUAAUGCAUCUCCUAAGAUCAAGGUGACACAUGAAAAUGGUUUUUACCAUAUGAACAUAGAAUUGACCGUGGGGCUGGCUCCUCGUUCGGUCUACGACCUAUUGUUCGAUCCAAAUGGCGGUACAUUUUAUGAUUUGCGCAAACGGCGCAAACUUAUGGAAAACAAAUCAAGAAAGGUUUUGUUCGAGAAAGGUCCGAGGCUAAUGACGAGGGUGGAGAAAUCUGUGGCUUGUAAUGUAUUUGGGGUGUAUAUACCUAUCUCCAUGAAUCUAAUCAUCGAUGAAAACAGAAAAGAUUUUACAACACAAUAUAAGAAAGAGAAAGUGAGAUUUAUGAAAGCAUUCGAGGGUAACUUAAAAGUGGAGCCUAUAUUUGUAGAUAAAGAACGUUUAUGCAAAAAGAAGACACCAAUGACUGGAGAAGAGUAUAAAAAAUGUAGUGGUGGUCAAGGAAAGAUUGCGUCAAAACUGACAAUAGACCAAUACUAUAAGCCAUAUCCUCCUUUCAAUCUACCGCCGUUUUCUUGGUUCAUCCGUGGGAUGAGCAUCGAAACCUCCAAAGCUCUGCUUGUAAAGCUUCAGGACUCGUCUAUUGUAAUUCGAACGGUAUCACCAGUGCCUGAGGACUGAGGAGACAGCAAGUAACAAACAUGAAAAACACUAGUAGAGCCUCAGUGAACAUACACAAAUACAUGUUUAAAAGAAUAAUAUUCUCAAAAAAGUAUAAGAAUACAAUCAGACACAAAAAAACAAUCAAAAUAUGUAAAAUCUGUUUAUUAAGAAAAUAUAUAAUAAUAAAAUUCAAAUUCAGUUUGAAAA